CUACUUUAACAUCUAAUCGGUUGUAUAUUUUGACCAUUGCAUUAUAAAUCUAAAAGAGAAAAUAAAGAGAGAAGAAAUGCAUUCCCUGCCUUGUUUAUAAAUUUCACGUUUUGUGAGGCCGAAGAUAACAGAGGAAGCUUCAGCUGGCUAGCUCACGCCAAAAAGCUCCCACCUUUGCUCUUCUUUCAUCUUCUUGUUUAUAUAUCAAAACUUCCGGACCAAGAAACGAAAAGAAAGAUGAAGAACGCGGUAAUGGCGGAGAUAGAAGCCGGCAAGCCCGCAAGCAACGGGUUGAUCCCAGGAGGAUUGAGUCCACUCAGUGAAACUCUUUGGAGAGAGAAGACGAACACGGACCUUCUCGGCGACGUUUCGGCGAGGUUGACAUGGAAAGAUUUGACGGUAACGGUUGCGCUUGGAAACGGUGAAACGCAGUGUGUGCUCGAAGGCCUCACUGGGUACGCAGAACCAGGAAGCUUCACUGCUCUCAUGGGUCCGUCAGGCUCCGGCAAGUCAACUCUUUUAGAUGCGCUCUCGAGCCGCUUAGCGUCCAACGCUUUUCUCUCCGGAGUUGUUCUCCUCAAUGGCCGGAAGACGAAGCUUACUUUCGGGACCGCUGCAUACGUGACGCAAGAUGACAACUUGAUUGGAACUUUGACUGUGAGGGAGACGAUAAUGUAUUCGGCGAGGCUGCGGCUGCCGGAUGAAAUGGAGAGGGAGUCGAAGCGAGCUCUUGUGGAGGGGACGAUAGUGGAAAUGGGGCUGCAGGACUGCGCUGAUACAGUGAUCGGAAACUGGCAUCUAAGAGGAAUAAGCGGCGGAGAGAAGAGGAGAGUUAGCAUUGCAAUUGAGAUUCUUAUGAGGCCGAGGCUUCUGUUUCUUGAUGAGCCAACAAGCGGUCUUGAUAGUGCUUCUGCUUUCUUUGUGACGCAAACGCUGAGAGGACUAUCAAGAGAUGGGCGUACUGUUAUAGCUUCAAUUCAUCAGCCGAGCAGUGAGGUGUUCGAGUUGUUUGAUCAGCUUUAUUUGCUUUCAGGAGGCAAAACAGUUUAUUUUGGAGAGGCCUCAAAGGCAUAUGAGUCAUGUAGAAUCAUAAAACGUGUCUUCUUUUUUUUUUUCUUUUACAUUUUUUUGUUGUAUUGUUUUAUUUAUUUGAUUUUUAGUAUAUUGCAGUUCUUUUCGGAAGCUGGAUUUCCUUGCCCAUCACUGAGAAACCCAUCAGAUCAUUUCCUGAGAUGCGUAAACUCGGAUUUUGAUAAGGUUAAAGCUACAUUAAAGGGUUCAAUGAAAGCAAGGUUCGAGAAGAGUGAUGAUCCUCUGGAGAAAAUCACCACAUCAGAAGCAACGCGAAGGCUGGUUGAAUACUAUCGUCGCUCUCAGUAUUACUACUCAGCAAGAGAGAAAGUGGAUGAGAUCUCUCGAGUUAAAGGAACUAUUCUGGAUCCCGGAGGAAGCCAGGCCAGUUUCUUCAUGCAAGCCUAUGUUUUAACCAAGCGUUCCUUCAUAAACAUGUCCAGAGAUUUUGGUUACUACUGGCUCAGGCUUGUCAUUUACUUGGUUGUAACUGUUUGCAUUGGAACAAUAUACUUAAAUGUGGGAACCCAAUACAACUCCAUCCUGGCUAGAGGUGCUUGUGCAUCUUUUGUCUUUGGUUUCGUCACCUUCAUGUCCAUAGGAGGCUUUCCUUCCUUCGUCGAAGAUAUGAAGGUCUUUCAGAGAGAGAGACUCAAUGGGCACUAUGGAGUGAUUGCAUUUGUUAUCGGCAAUACAGUUUCUGCAAUGCCAUUUUUAAUCUUGAUAACCUUCCUCUCUGGGACCAUAUGCUACUUCAUGGUGCGGCUUCAUCCAGGAUUCCUUCAUUAUCUGUUCUUUGUGCUUUGCCUCUACUCCAGUGUUACUGUAGUUGAGAGCUUGAUGAUGGCCAUAGCUAGUGUUGUUCCAAAUUUUCUUAUGGGGAUCAUUUUAGGAGCAGGAAUUCAGGGAAUUUUUAUGCUGGUUUCUGGCUACUUCAGACUCCCAAAAGACAUUCCAAAGCCUGUCUGGAGAUACCCAAUGUCAUACAUAAGCUUCCACUACUGGGCUCUGCAGGGACAAUACCAAAAUGACCUCAGUGGCUUGCUCUUUGAUGGCCAGAGCCCCUAUGACUUCAAGAUCCCUGGCGACUACAUUCUCGAGCAUGUUUUUCAGAUCGAAGUUCAUCGAUCGAAAUGGUGGGAUCUAUCCGUUCUCUUCAGCAUGAUCAUCAUUUACCGCGUUAUCUUCUUCAUCAUGAUCAAGAUCAGCGAAGAUUUUACUCCCUGGAUCCGGGGCUACAUUGCAAGGAGGAGGCUUCAGAAGAAACAGAGCCUGCAAGCCGCAUCCGAACUCGCAAACCGGACUCCAUCUCUUCGAGGCUAUGUCGGCCCGCCGCUGUCCGGCCGUUCUGAGUCAUCAGAGACAGUUUAGGAAAGCCAAUAUGUAAUUUAAUCUCACAGAGUAUAUGGUAUGUUAUAUACUAGACAGAGUUAUCAGUCUUAUGAUUGUUGCUAUCACUCCAUUAAAUGGCAUUCACUUGCUUUUCUUUUUGUCUUUGGAUUGAAGGGAAAAGAUGAAAUGAAUGCUAACAUGUUAUGAGAUGAUAAAUGUAAAGAUAAUGAUUUAAGUUUACUUUCUUUUUUCUU